AUGGCAGCAGAGACAGAAGUGCUCACUGUUGCUGGGACCUUGCAGAAUUCACACCACUGGAACUAUACGUUUAAAGCCCAGCCACGUGCCAGUUCAGAUGCUGCAAGUAUAGAGGGUGACUGCAUCUACUAUGUGACUGCAUCAUCUAACCAAGGAGUUAGUGGCUUUGAAAACGGAGUAAUUGAAAAUCAAAAAUUGCCCCUGAAAACGCAAAAUAUAGACCUGAAGAAAAUCCUAAGAAGAUAUAGCUCCACUGUUGGGCCCCUCCACCAGUUGGAACCCCCUGCCAAGCACACUUUAGUCAACACUCUGGAUGUGAACACUGACGGCAAUGAUCUGCGGCAGAUAAUCCAAUGUGGCUCAAAGGAGAAUCAGCCAGAGACCAGUUGUAAUGUCCAUGCAAAGAAAUCUAAUAAAGGGAGGAUCUUCGAAGGUUUCAAGCUGCCAAUGACACCUGAAGAAGCUCUGAUGCAUUUUAAGAAUGGAUUGACAAAUUAUGAAUGCAAAGAAAUUCUAAAUUAUGAAGAAAUCUGGUUCCUUGGUUUGAAUGCCAAAAAGUUUGAAUGUUCUCCUGAGAAACAGCGCAACGUUUGCUUUGAUGAUGAACAUGGUUCUUAUAUUAAGGUAUUGAAUGACCAUAUUGCAUACCGGUAUGAAAUUCUUGAAGUGAUAGGUAAAGGAUCCUUUGGACAAGUGGUAAAAUGUAUGGACCAUAAAGCAAAUGAACUUGUGGCUAUCAAGAUAAUCAGGAAUAAAAAGAAGAUUCAGCAACAAGCUUUUGUGGAACUGAAGAUAUUAGAUAUCCUGCAUAAGAAGGACAAAGACGGAAGUAAUAAUGUUAUUCAUAUGAAAGAAUAUUUUUACUUCAGAAACCAUCUAUGUAUUUCCUUUGAACUUUUAGGAAUGAAUCUGUACGAACUUAUCCAGAGGAACAACUUCCAAGGUUUUACUAUAUCUCUUAUUUGCCGAUUUGCACACACUUUACUAAAGAGUUUACAAAUGCUCUUUAAAGAAAAAAUAAUUCACUGUGACCUGAAACCUGAGAACAUAUUACUUUGCCCCAAAGGCCGAGGAUUAAUCAAAGUGAUUGAUUUUGGAUCAAGCUGCUUUGAGAAUCAAAAAGUUUAUACAUACAUCCAGAGCAGAUUCUACCGCUCACCUGAAGUAAUUCUUGGCCACCAAUAUGGAUUAGCAAUUGACAUGUGGAGCUUUGGCUGCAUUUUAGCUGAGCUCUACACAGGUUACCCACUCUUUCCUGGGGAAAACGAAAUGGAGCAAUUGGCUUGCAUCAUGGAGGUAUUUGGGGUUCCACCAGCAGAAAUCAUUCAAACCUCACAAAGAAAAUGUCUAUUUUUUGAUUCUAAAGGAUUCCCUAAAAGUGUCAUAAACAGUAAAGGAAAGAAGAGGCGUCCAAAUUCCAAGGAACUUGCCAGUGUAUUAAAAACAAAUGAUAACCUCUUCCUAGACUUCCUGAAAGGAUGUCUCAUGUGGAAUCCUGAACACCGCCUGACUCCUGAUGAAGCAAUGAAACACAGAUGGAUUCAGGAAUCCAGAACACAGAAAUCACGUCUCAGAAUGAAAGUGAUGCCUGCGACUGAAAAUAACAAUAAACAAGCGAGUAAAAAAGCACAGCUCUCAAAGGCAGGCAAAAUCUCUCAUGAAAUGAGCAAUAAGCGCAGCCUUCAUUUAGAAGAGCAGACAGCACUCACAGCAUGUCCACGGCCUCAAGGGGCUUCUGCAGAAGAAGAUAUAACAGAAAAUCCAAAUGACAAUUGUGAAGUGCCUGCUGAGAAAGGUCCGAAAAACAAAUCAUUGGACAACUUAUUGUACAGUUUUCAAUCUGAAUCACCUAAAGAAAUAAAGUGUCAAGAGAACAACUAAUUUCUGUCACCUGUUGUAUAGAUUAUGCUUGUAGUCCUGUUGGAUCUCCUCAUCGUGGUUCUUCCGGUAAAGCUGCUCCUUUAUCAGAGAAAACUGCCACAUAGGAAAGCUGUUUUAAUUUUACAGUUAUCUAUAAUGGCGAUUGAUGCAUCAUUUGGACAUCAAUCAGAAAGUGUAAAUGACUGUAGGUUCUACAUAUUGAAUACCAAACUAAUGUAUCUAUGCAAUAGCUUCUGCCUUGAUCUU